UUGGCGGGGGAACGAAGGGAGGUGAAGAAGGGUUUAAGGUUUAAGCUGUCAAGGACAAAGGUUAUGAAAGAAACGAGUGAACUCUUCUAAAACCCUAAAACAAUGGAGCUGCAAUCCGUUUGUCUUGGUUUUUCUGCUCCCAAAAUUGGGUUUCCCUAUCGUCGCGUAUCAAUUGUUUCUGCAAGCGACGUCCGAUUUAGGACCCAAAGACUCAGGUUCGGAACAGCACCCAAAUGUUUGAAGAGGUUGGAAAAGAAUUCCCAACUACCAAGCUUGAAGAGACGAGUUAUUAUAUGUAGUUCUCAUUCUAGUUCAGACUCAAAGUUAAAACAUCUAGGAAGGGAAAAUUCUGGUGUUCCCGUUGUUAGAUUUGAUGGGGUAGAGCCGUUUCGUGGUAAAUCAGGUUCUGUUUCGUUUUAUGGGUUGACUCACCAGUCAGUAGAGGAAGGGAAGUUGGUAUCUGCACCUUUCAAUGAAGAUAAGGGCUCGGUUCUCUGGAUUUUGGCACCCGUGGCGUUGAUAUCGUCCUUAAUCCUACCGCAAUUCUUUUUUGGAAGUGCAAUUGAAGCUAUAUUGAAGGAGGAGACUCUCGUAGAAAUAGUGAGUUCGUUAGUUUUUGAGGUUCUUUUUUACAUUGGACUAGCAACGUUUUUGCUUAUAACUGACCGUGUCCAAAGGCCAUAUCUACAAUUCAGUACGAAGAGGUGGGGUCUCAUCACAGGCCUCAGGGGAUACUUAACAUCUUCUUUCUUUGCAAUGGGGUUCAAGGUCAUUGCGCCCUUGUUUGCUGUAUAUGUGACCUGGCCAGUGGUUGGUCUCCCAGCCUUGGUUGCAGUGGCUCCUUUUCUCUUUGGCUGCGCUGCUCAAUUUUCUUUUGAAACGUAUCUCGACAAGUGCGGAUCAUCUUGUUGGCCUUUGGUGCCAAUAGUCUUUGAGGUAUAUAGACUGUAUCAGUUGACAAAAGCUGCCCAUUUUAUAGAGAGGUUGAUGUUCUCGAUGAAGGGGCUUCCUGUGACCCCAAAAGUAAUGGAAAGAAGUGGUGCCAUGUUUGCCAUGAUUGUAACGUUCCAAGCACUUGGUGUGGUAUGCCUUUGGUCAUUGAUGACAUUUCUUUUGAGGCUCUUUCCAUCUCGACCUGUGGCAGAGAAAUACUGAUGUUUAGAGCAGAAACUGUAAAAUCUGUCGGAUUUCCGUUGUCAUUCAAGAGCUGUAAAAUCUUGUAUGGAGUUAUGAGCAUCGUUAU